GUUAUAGGGAUGAAAAUUUAAUCGUAAUGUCUCCCAUCCUGAUGUUUCUUCUUGGAGCACUUCUCUUCUUUUUCUUCUUUCAUUCUAUGGGAGAUACGACGACAGUCCCUACAGAGAACAAAGCUAAGCUCUACCUGUGCAUCAACAGUUGCGCGAUGUGCGUGGAGCACUGGGAACCGGGACUCUACAACGGACCCAGGUGUGCCAAGCAAUGCCUCAAACACAAGGGCCAGAGGAUCGUCGACCCAGACUGCGUAAAAUUGAAGAUGUUCAACUACGAACCGGAAGUGCUGAAGCAGCAUCGGAAAUUCAUUAGGGAACAAAAUGGAGACGAUUGAAGGAGCAGAGUUCAGUGCACGAAGUAUUGUGUUCGUGAAGUCAGCUAUUGUUAUACAGAAUUCAUGAUGGCAUUCCAAACUAUGAUUAGACAGUAUUCAAAAUUGUUCUUUCGAAUAUUCUCUAUUAUUGAAAUUUGGACCAUAUAUCAACAAAGCGAUCAGAUGCACAUAAAAAUAGUGACUUCAGUCUUCUCUGAAAAGAGUACAAAAAAAAUUUUCUUGAGUUUUGAAAUACUUAAAGCCAAAAAAAUGUGCUUUUGAACUGACUAAUAGUACAGAUUUAUUACACUUCAAAUUAGAUAGCGAAAUUUUAGCAUUUCAGUAUAGAAUUCAAUUAGAACCAUUUGAAAUUUGUUUGAUAUAACUAUAUUAAAUUCAAAAUGGACGGAUGCCAAAUUAAGAUUUCUUCGAGCUCAUUGUUCAUUAAUAAUCUACAUGUGUGUGAUGUGAUUAAUUUUUUUACAUAAGUAAUUAUAUAUCUCUUAUGUAAUGACUCAUUCAUGAUUAAAGAUAUAAAGGUGAAAUUAAAUAAUACAUCUUUUUCAGGAGAUCCAUCUAUUGUACAAAUGCUAAAAUGAAAUGAUUUAAAAACUAAACCAAGCGAAGCAAUAGAUAAACAGCCAAAUGCUUUUGUGCAAUUCUCAUAUUUUUGAAUUGUAAUUUUUAGAAAAUAUUUGGUGGAUACAGGAAUAUCAUUUUCCAUCUAUUUAUAUGUCAUUUUUCCUUAUUCACGAUGAGAUUUUGAGUAGGAUUGAGCUAUUAGAAUCUAUAUUUUUAAGACAGUACAAAAGAUACAGUUUCCUGUUUGUUUAAGUCUAGUGGAAUUAAAAAAUACUUUUGCAAUUAACAAAGUUUAUAUAUUUGAUUAACAAAGAUUUAAUCGGUAUUUUUAUCAGACUACUGAAUUUUCAAUAAGGAAAAGCCAAUAAAUAUUCAAGAAAAAAAAAUGUUUCUGAAUAAUUUAAAACGCGAGUUCGCAAAUUGUACAAACUCUAUGGCAAAGGAUACCGACGUGCUCUGAUUGGUUUAAGCCUUGGCAUCUUUUUGGCAAUGUUUUGCAUUCAUAAUAGUGUAGUUAUCGCUUAUUUGACUCAAACCUUGCAAGACUUUGCCAAACAGUUUCCGAUCUUUGUUG